UUCCGCCCGGAAAGGAAUUUUCCUCCGCCAUUUUCAGGAGGUGGUACGCAGUCGUUAUUAGCGUGAAGUCAACGACCACUUGCUGAUUUUAUAGAACAUAAUUUAAACGCAUUAUCUUGACAGCAAACAAUUUGAAAAGAACAUGUCUAACGAGCAGAGCGAAAUUGUUUCGGACAAGGCACUCGAGGAGCAGACGGCGCCGGAUCAACAGCCGCAGCAGCAAGGAGAGAUGAACGGCAAAGCCAAGCACGAGGGCAACAUGAGCAGGAAGGAGAGGCCCCAGAAGAGAGGCGGCGGCGGACGCUUUGAGCCCUACGGAAACGUCAACAAGCGAUACCGAGUUUUUGUCAGCAACAUCCCUUACGAUGUGAAAUGGCAAUCCCUGAAAGACCUGAUGAAGGAGAAAGUGGGUGAUGUAACGUACGUGGAACACUUAAUGGACGCAGAAGGCAAAUCAAGGGGUUGUGCUGUGGUUGAGUUCAGGACCGAGGAAUUGAUGAGGAAAGCCGUGGAGAAGGUCAACAAGCACAACCUCAAUGGGCGUCCCCUGAAAGUGAAGGAGGACCCUGAUGGCGUGAUAGCUCAGAGGGAAAUCAACAAGAGUGGAGGCCCCCAAGGUGGCAUGGGAGGAAUGGAUCGCAUGAACAUGGAUAGAAUGGGCCCUGGACCAAAUGGCCCCAUGGUCAACAUCCCUCCCAGCCUGAUGAACAACCCCAACAUUCCCAUGGAGAUCAUCCAUGGCCUGCAAGCGGGACGGAUUGGCAACACGGUCUUUGUUGCAAAUCUUGACUACAAAGUAGGCUGGAAGAAGCUGAAGGAGGUGUUCAGCAUGGCUGGUGUUGUGAUGAGGACCGACAUUCUUGAGGACAAGGAAGGCAAGAGCAGAGGCAUGGGCACAGUAACCUUUGACUUGCCCAUUGAAGCCGUCCAAGCUGUCUCCAUGUUGAAUGGACAGCUGUUGUUCAACCGGGUCAUGCACGUGAAACUGGAUGAAAAGUCGAUGCCCAAAGAUUUUGGACCACCUGAAAGGGGUGCUUCGCUUCCUCGUGGCCUAAGCGGUGUGGGUUUGGGCUUGGGGCCUGGUGGCCAGCCCAUCGAUGCUAACCAACUCAAUAGAGGUGGUGGCGGUGGAAUGGGCAACAUGGGUGUUGGAGGAAUGGAUGGGAUGGGCUUUGGUAACAUGGGAAAUCGUAUGGGGGGAGGAGGCAUGGACAACUUUGGAGGAAUGAACAUGGAUCGUUUUGGCUCUUCUGGGAUGGGCAGAAUGAAUGAUAUGGACCGAGGCAUUGGUGGUGGGUUUGACAGGGAGUUUGGUCGAAAUGAAAUGGGCAUGUCUCGCAAUAGUUUUGGAGAUUCUUUUGAUAGAGGAAAUUCCAUGGGUAUGGACCGCAUGAAUGCUGGAAUGGACCGUCUGGGAACAAACAUGGAUCGCAUUGGAGGCAUGGACAGGAUGGGGGGCAUGGACAGAAUGGACCGUCCUUCCGACAUUGACAGAAUGGGCUCUGGCUUUGACCGAAUGGGCUCAGGGAUGGACCGGCUUGGGCCCAGCAUGGACAGGCUCAGCGGCGGUGUCGACCGCAUGAGCUCCAGUAUGGAUCGCCUCGGCCCGGCCGGGUUCGACCGCAUGGGCCCUUCAAGUUUGGAUCGCAUGGGUACUGGUCUGGACUUUGGCUCUCCAAUGGGCAUGGAUCGCAUGGGCAACACUGGGCUUGACAGAAUGUCCAGCAACUUUGACCGCAUGGGGUCGUCGGGAGGUCUGGACCGCUUUCCAUCUGGUGGCCUCGAUCGUAUGAGCUCUGGGAUGGACAGGAUGGGAUCUGGUGGUGUGGGUCAGUUUGAUCGUUCUGCUGACUUGGAUCGUGGAUUUGGAGGCAAUUCCUUUGGAGGCGCUGGAGCAGGAGGCCCUGGAGCAGGACCAGGAAAUAUCAGAAAGGGAUGCCAGAUUUUUGUCCGUAAUCUACCAUUUGACUUCACCUGGAAGAUGCUGAAGGAUACGUUCAAUACGUGUGGCAUGGUGCAGUAUGCUGACAUCAAGAUGGAAAAUGGCAAGUCCAAGGGCUGUGGUGUGGUUCGCUUCGACAACCCUGAGACGGCCGAGCGUGCCUGCCGUACCAUGAAUGGCUAUCGCCUGAACGGAAGAGAAAUCGACGUUAGGAUUGACAGGAAUGCAUAAACUUUUAGUCGCAGAUGCUCAUGGUGAUCUAAAUUGGCUUGUCGGCAUAUUCAUAUUAACUUGGUUGGCUCUUGGCCACGGUCACGUUGUUUUAGUUAGCAGUUUGAUUCAGUGUAGAUUUUAGUUUGUACAUUUUUACUUUUUUUAGAGACCAAAUUUUCUCUCCCUGCCAUGCUCUACCUGUCUGGUUUGGUGUUCCAAGUGUUUUGAUAAUAAACCGUAAUAAUUUUG